CUCGCAGUAACAGCCUCUCUUCUCUCUCUUCUCAACACAAGACCCGUGCAAAGAGUCUCCUACAUUUCUGGAUACUUCGCUGAAACCGAAAGCAGAGGGAGAGAGAAAGAGAACCAGCACCGUCGCGGAGGAAGAUGAAGGGAGUUCUCAUGGCGAGAAGGGUGCUGUCGUCGGGAAUUGAAUCCCUGCGGUGCUGGCGACGGUGUCUGUCUCAGGUGGCGCAGAAGCAGGCCGAGACCGACGUCGGUGUUCCGAAAAUGCCGCCAUUCGAUUACUCUCCUCCACCGUACACCGGUCCCUCCGCCGACGAGAUCUUCGCCAAGCGGAAGCAGUAUCUCAGCCCCGCCUUGUUCCACUUCUACAGCAAACCACUGAACGUGGUAGCUGGGAAGAGGCAGUACUUGUUUGAUGAGAACGGCAGGCGAUACCUGGACGGAUUUGGAGGGAUUGCGGUGGUAAGCUGCGGCCAUGCCCACCCAGAUAUUGUUCAGGCAAUUGUUGAUCAGGUGAAUCGUGUGCAGCAUUCGACCGUCCUUUAUCUCAAUCAUGCCAUCGCUGAUUUCGCCGAGGCCCUUGCCGCCAAAAUGCCCGGAAAUCUCAAGGUUGUGUUCUUUACAAAUUCAGGGACGGAAGCGAAUGAGUUGGCGAUGAUGAUGACCAGAUUAUACUCUGGAAGCAAUGACAUAAUAUCGUUGCGGAAUGGGUAUCAUGGGAAUGGAUCGGCAACGAUGGGCGCCACUGCUAUGUGCACUUGGAAAUACAACGUGGCACAGAGUGGAAUUCAGCAUGCCUUGAAUCCAGAUCCAUAUAGGGGUGACUUUGGUUCAGAGGGGAAGAGGUAUUCAAAAGAUGUAGAAGAAAUUAUCCAGUAUGGAACUUCUGGCCGUAUUGCUGGUUUCUUUGCUGAAGCCAUACAGGGAGUGGGUGGAAUUGUAGAGUUGGCCCCAGGGUACUUGCCAGCUGCAUAUGACAUUGUAAGGAAAGCAGGAGGUCUUUGCGUUGCAGAUGAGAUUCAGUCUGGCUAUGCUCGCACUGGAAGUCAUUUCUGGGGAUUUGAGUCCCAUGGUGUUAUUCCUGAUAUUGUGACCAUGGCAAAGGGCAUUGGAAAUGGGAUUCCUCUUGGUGCUGUGGUAACCACUCCUGAGAUUGCAGAGGUCUUGGUUGGCCGAGCUUACUACAACACAUUUGGUGGGAAUCCUCUAUGUACUGCUGCUGGUUUGGCUGUUCUGAAAGUAAUUGAGAAGGAAAAGCUUCAGGAGAAUGCUUUUGUUGUGGGAUCCUACAUGAAAGAGAGACUCAAUGCACUCAAGGAAAAAUAUGAACUUAUUGGGGAUGUAAGGGGAAGAGGUUUGAUGCUUGGAGUUGAGCUUGUCACUGAUCGCAGACUGAAGACUCCUGCACGGGAACAAACCGUUCAUAUAAUGGACCAGAUGAAAGAACUUGGGGUGCUGAUUGGAAAAGGUGGAUAUUUUGGAAAUGUUUUCAGAAUUACACCCCCUCUCUGCUUCACCAAGGAAGAUGCAGAUUUCCUAGUGGAUGCCAUGGACCAUGCCAUGUCAAAGAUGUAAAGCUAAUAUUGUACAAAGCUAUCUGUCUAGUUCAUUACUCGGAGGUUUAUCUUGUGUCAUUGAUGUCUUAUUCAGUCCUGUUAUGAGUGAAAACCACUAAAUUCUGAUGGUUCCUCCUCUUGAAAACAUCUCAUAUACAUUUCCUGUUCUAAAAGCGAUGAGUCAACAGCGUGUUGCCUCUCGCAUAACCACUGUGUCCAUUGUGCUUUAAUAAGAUGCAUUAAUAAGU